CUUUCAACUGUUGCUGCCAACGCCACUUCGGAUCAAUCCGCGCUGGUACCACUUUCUGCAGAGGCCGCGCAGCUGCUCGGAUUCUCUUUUCUCGAGGCUGAUCAGAUCUCGGCUCUUUUGGCCUCGGCUCCUUCACUUUCGGAAGCUCUGGUGCAGGUCCGUUUGUCUUCUUAGACUGAUCCGCCAUUUGAUGAUUUUGUGCGUCAUUUCCAGCAGCCCACGUCUGUACUUGCCCUCAUUAAUGCCUGACUGGUGGAAUAAUUAA